UUCCUUUGCAGUGUGAUAGAAGAGAGGCAGGAGGAAGCUGGAAGCGGCGCUUGCUCUGUUUGCAAAGGUGGCGAGCGUAACUGUGGAGUACAUGAACUGAUCUGCGUCAGAAAAGUCUCUCCAGAGGUGCUGGGGUUUCUGACAGCCAUCGGACUCUUCAUCAUCCUCAUGACUUUCCUCUUUUGGUACCUCAACAAUAAGUUGGCACUAGAGAACCCAGGGAGCCUUCAGUGCCUUGAUGAAUUCAGGAAAACCACUGAGCUGCAAGAUAAGGUCUACGCCGACACUGACUUGCAGGCUUCAUCGUCGGACAGCGAGGAUGAACUGAUGGGUCAGUAUCAGGAAGCGGUCAGCCGCUCCCAGGGCCUCAGAGGAGGAGCCAAGGUGUCCUCUAAUGCCAAGCACACUGGAGGUUUCAGCUGGGAGAGUCGGCAGAAGUACAGCCCGCUUACUGCUGAUUAUGAUGGCUACAGCAGUGAAGCCUCAGCUGAUGAUGUCAACUGCAUCCAGAGGAUGAGACGGACGCCGCCACUGGAUGAGCUUCAGCCACCGCCCUAUCAGGAUGAGAAUGGCUCUCCGAGGAUGUCCUGCACUCUCUCAGAUCUGGGUGAUGCCAAGUGUGAUCUGUCCCACACCAGCGGUAGCCCCCACCUCUCUUUUGGCAAGUGUCCCAGUGAGGAGAGCGACGGCCCUGAGACUGAGAGUUACCUCAACAAGGGCUAUGAGGAGGACGUGCCCAGUGACAGUACAGCUGUCCUCAGCCCGGAGGAUAUGUCAGCCCGUGGAUCAGCAGCCCAGCUGCCGAAAGGUUAUGAACCAGAUCCUGUUGCAAAAUACGGGACCCUCGACAUCGUGUUUGACUACGACUCAGAGGAGCAGCAGCUGUCUGUGACCAUCAUGGCAGUAACCGACCUUCCAAGCUACAAGCGCACCGGUAACAUCUCCUGGCAGGUUCAUCUGGUGCUUCUGCCCACCAAGAAACAGAGGGCGAAGACGGGGAUCCAGAGAGGCCCGUGCCCCAUCUUCACGGAGACCUUCCGCUUCAGCCAUGUGGAGUCAGAGAUGAUCAGCAAUUAUGCUAUCAGAUUCCGCCUUUACAGCAUGCGACGGAUGAAGAAGGAGAAGGUGCUCGGGGAAAAGGUGUUCUACCUCACCAAGCUCAACCUUCAGGGCAAAAUGUCGGUGCCGGUCACAUUAGACCCAUGCUGUGCACUCCCGGGUGGCGAAUCCCAGGUCAGCCUCUCAGAUAUGACAUGCAGUGAAAGCGCCUCGUCAUUCCAGUCAGUCAGUCAGGCUUCCACACCGGAGAUCCUCGUGGGCCUGGUUUACAACGCCACAACAGGACGUCUCUCUGUGGAAGUUAUCAAAGGCAUCCACUUCAAAAACCUGGCUGCUAACAAACCACCCACUGUCCAACCCUUGUUGUCAGAUGGACUGUUCUGUUGUCUAAAACACUUGAUAGGUGGACAGGUUUAUAUUAUCAGAGAUACAUAUGUUAAGCUGACCUUACUUAACUCCAUGGGCCAUGAGAUGUCCAAGUGUAAGACCUCCAUCUGUCGAGGUCAGCCCAACCCAACCUACAAAGAGACGUUUGUCUUCCAGGUAGCUCUUUUCCAGCUAUCGGACGUCACGCUCAUCCUAUCCGUCUACAACAAGCGCAGCAUGAAGCGCAAGGAGAUGAUUGGUUGGAUUUCACUGGGCCUCAACAGCUCUGGAGAGGAGGAGCUCACCCACUGGACUCAGAUGAAAGAGUCUAAAGGACAGCAGGUUUGCCGCUGGCACAGCUUGCUGGAGUCUUAAUGGCACAGCAAGAAAGCGCGCGGGCAUAGCUACAUGGCGCCGCCGCCGUCCUUAUCCCAGAUGGGCAGGAAAUGGAAAUGUUCAACUGGGAAGCAGGAGUGCGAUGCCGUCCAAUGAACCAGCGUCAGUGGUGAUGAAGAGACGGGAACACAACCACACGCAUCUGCACUCAGUUUCUCAGCUCGGCAUGGCAUAAGCGAUUUCAUGGCUCUGUUUGAAUAAACAGUCACUGCCAUGAAUUAGUUUUAUGACGAGAAAUGCUAUUUUCCAUAUACUGCCGUGUAAUGACCUUUAAGUUUUUGUAGAUGGCAUCUUUUUGUCUGCUGAGCUGGUUUAGCUGGGGCCUGCUCCAUGGGGAAAGUUUUAGACAAGAUCAUUGAGCAAAUUGCACCUGGUAGCCAUGUGUACCCACACCUCCAGCCGCAUAAAUAGAAGUUUCUAAGGAAGGCUUUAAUUUUUAUAAUUAUAUAUGUUUUUUAACAAAUAUUUUCCAGACCACCUCUUAGCAGAUCCUUACCUCAAAAUUUAGCUGGAGAUAACUUCUUACCUGGAAAUGUCAAACGAGGUUGGACAUCACCAUUGUGUCAUCCCCAUCGACUUCAAAAGCACAAGAAGUUUGGCAGAUUUUAAAGUGGCAGUUCUAAAAUGGUGUGAAAUAGGGACUGUAAAAGAAUUAAAAAGAAAAAAAGCUUCUGAACUGCAAGACCCAGCAGAAAGUGUCUGUACUUCUUUAAAAUACUACAAGCAAUCUGAAGUGCUUCAGUCAAAGGCAGCUGGACUGCUUUUAGGUUUUUGAAGACAUCGUCACCUCUCGUCUGAAAGGGUUAUUUGCACCUAAAGUAGAAGAGACACUGGAGAAUACAAAUGUUCAGAUUUUGGAUUCACGACUGUACCCACGUGAGCACAACUCAUGAUCUUAGGUGGCGCACUGGACAGGAUUCUGAAUCAGCCUUUAGAACUGAAAAAAGUCUUUACUGAAAAGUAAAACCUCUUCAGGAACCAAAAGCAAGUGCAGCUGCCUUCAGUUCAAGCACUUUAGAUUACCAUAACUUAGACGAGUGAGAACCCAUUCAGUCAUAAAUAGUAAAAAGGAACUUAUGGAGAGGUAAAACUAGUCACCAUGGAACUUCCAUAAAAUCCUAGUUCUUACAUUGGAAAUGAGGUUCAUGUAGCUCAAAGUGCAAGCCUUAGCUUGUUUAUUAUAUAACAAAGGCCACAUCCACACUAAUGCGUUUUCGCUUGAAGACGCGUCUUUUUCUCUCCGUUUUGGCCUCCCGUCCACACUGAGACGGCGUUUUGAAAAUGCUCUCCAAAGCGGAUACAUUUGAAAACGCCGUUUUCACGUCACAGUGUGGACAGCGAACCCAGAGCCUUUUCGAAAACGAUGACAUUUUAGUCAUUAGAUGCAGUCAUGUGACCAAUUCAACUAAGAUAGCGGUCAUGUGACCAAUUCAACUAAGAUAGCGGAGGGCAUUACACAGCAGUUGUUUUGUUUGUGCUCAAUUUUGACAGCCCUAUUAAAG